AUGGCGAAACGCGGGAUUGAAGCAUACUCCCUCGAGCCUAAUGCAGACCGGAAAAUGGUGCAGAUACAAGAGGCACAAGCGCAGGGAGUUACGAUUUGCAGCGGCUCAGCAGAGGAAAUCCCCUUCCGCGACAGGACGUUCGACGCUGCCGUGGCCAUGUGGAUUCUCCACUAUGUAGAUGAUCUCGACAAAUCACUACGGGAGAUAGCACGCGUCGUUGACCCCAGCAGUCCGAAUUCCCGAAUUGUCAUUGUGCAGGGCGCUCCGGAUAAUGAACUGGUCAAUUUAUUGAAUGACGUCUGCGCCCCCCUUAGUGCACAGAACACCGCUAUUGACCAUCAGGGGUAUCUUUUGAACGCCGCGGCAACAGUCUUUGCUGAGUACGGCUUUGGCGAUGUUGAGGUCUUCCGUGUCAAUGCGUACUGUGCCUUUCCAGAAGAAGAUUUGACGGAGAGAUGCCAGAAAGCGGCUGAGGUGUUGGCGGGUUUCUGGUUCAGGGACGAUGCGAACUUUGUGCUGAUGAAGGAGGCGCUAAUCCCGCAUCUGAAACUGCAUUUCAGGGAUCGCCCGUAUGCGAUCAAUGAUGAGGUUGCUGUUUUGGUGGCUAAGCCGCUGCCAAAUUGA